UGAGCGGUGAGGUAUGCAAAUCUUCCUACAAUUACUGUGAUUCAAUCGAUUCAUCUCAUAAAUUGCAAAUCAAAAUCACUUUUUUCUCCCAAAAGUCGUUCUUUUUUUCUGUGAGGGUUUUCGCUCUCCUCUCCCAUUUCUGAGGCCGGAGGUGAUCCAUCAAGCUCUCUCUUUCACGAUGAGAUCCAUCGCGGUUUCUCCGCCAAUCCCAGCCGCCGUUCAUGGCCGCCGAUCUACUAACUUCUCUGAUGAUCACAUUUGUGCUUCGCACCUCUCUUUCAGUACAAGUUUUCUACGAAGCUGCUCUGGAGGCAAGCCAGCGGGAUGGCCGUGUGGUCGUGCUCUGAGGAUAGGAUGUUCUUCUAAGAGGGUAAAAAGGGCCAUCUCAAAUAACCAUAUCUUUGCUUCCAUUGCAGAUGUUUCUCUUGAUCAGACCGCUGAAAUAUCUAAAGUGCCCAAAGGUGAUAUGUGGUCUGUUCAUAAAUUUGGUGGAACGUGCAUGGGAACUUCGAAAAGAAUUCAAAAUGUUGCAGAUAUUAUUCUGCAAGAUUUAUCUGAAAGAAAGUUGGUAAUUGUCUCUGCAAUGUCAAAGGUUACGGAUAUGAUGUAUAAUCUUGUAUACAAAGCGCAGUCUAGAGAUGACUCAUAUGUUUCAGCUCUUGAUGAUAUUUUUGGAAAGCACUUGUCAACAGCAACGGAGCUUCUUGAUGCUGAUGACCUGGAAAGGUUCCAGUCUCUGUUGCAUAAUGAUAUCAGCAACCUCAAAGCAAUGCUUCGUGCGAUAUACAUAGCGGGCCAUGCUACAGAAUCAUUUUCUGACUUUGUAGUUGGCCAUGGAGAACUAUGGUCUGCUCAAAUGUUGUCCUGUGUCAUAAGAAAGAAUGGUAGGCCGUGCUGUUGGAUGGACACACGAGAUGUUCUCAUUGUGGAGCCUAACGGUUCUAAUCAAGUGGAUCCUAACUAUGCUGAAUCUGAAAAAAGACUUGAAAAGUGGUUUGCUCAACAACGGCCUGAUAUCAUAAUUGCUACUGGAUUUAUUGCCAGUACCCCUCAAAACAUUCCCACAACUUUGAAAAGGGAUGGUAGUGACUUCUCUGCAGCCAUACUUGGUUCUCUAGUAAGGGCUUGCCAAGUAACCAUUUGGACUGAUGUUGAUGGUGUUUUCAGUGCUGAUCCUAGAAAAGUUAGCGAGGCUGUCAUAUUGAGAACUUUGUCCUACCAGGAGGCCUGGGAAAUGUCAUACUUUGGAGCAAAUGUGUUGCAUCCGCGCACGAUUAUUCCAGUGAUGAAGUAUAACAUUCCAAUUGUAAUUAGAAAUAUAUUCAAUCUAUCUUCACCUGGGACUAUGAUAUGCCAGCAACCGGAGAAAGAAAAUGGUGAAGGAACGGCCUUGGAGUCUGUUGUCAAAGCAUUUGCUACCAUAGACAAUUUGGCUCUUGUUAAUGUUGAGGGAACUGGAAUGGCUGGUGUUCCUGGUACAGCUAGUGCUAUUUUUGGUGCCGUAAAAGAUGUCGGGGCUAAUGUCAUUAUGAUUUCUCAGGCUAGCAGUGAGCAUUCUAUAUGCUUUGCAGUGCCUGAAAAGGAAGUUAAAGCAGUGGCUGAUAUCUUGCAGUCAAGAUUUCGACAGGCUUUGGAUGCUGGAAGACUUUCACAGGUUGAGGUUAUCUAUAACUGUAGCAUUUUGGCAGCUGUUGGCCAGAAAAUGGCAAGCACUCCCGGGGUCAGUGCUACUCUUUUUGAUGCACUAGCAAAGGCUAACAUAAAUGUAAGGGCCAUUGCCCAAGGUUGCAGUGAAUACAAUAUUACAAUUGUACUGAAGCAAGAUGAUUGUGUCAGGGCUCUAAGGGCUGCACACUCGAGGUUUUACCUUUCUAAAACUAUAUUAGCUAUUGGCCUCAUUGGACCGGGCUUGAUUGGCAGCACACUUCUUGACCAGCUCAGAGAUCAGGCUGCAGUUCUCAAGGAAAGUUUUAACAUAGACUUUCGUGUUAUGGGAAUUAUCGGGUCUAAGACCAUGGUGCUGAGCAACUCUGGUAUAGAUUUGACAAAAUGGAGAGAACACCAGAAGGAAAAGGCUGACCUAGAAAAGUUUGUACGACAUGUGCAUGAAAAUCAUUUUUUUCCAAACACAGUGUUAGUAGAUUGCACAGCGGAUUCACAUGUUGCCAACCAUUACUAUGAUUGGCUGCGAAAGGGAAUUCAUGUUAUUACUCCAAACAAGAAGGCAAACUCAGGACCACUUGGCCGGUAUCUGAAACUGAGGAAACUACAGCGGAAAUCCUACACUCACUACUUUUAUGAAGCAACUGUUGGUGCUGGUCUUCCAAUAAUCAGAACUCUACAGGGACUUUUAGAAACUGGUGACAAAAUUUUGCAGAUUGAGGGCAUUUUCAGUGGGACUUUAAGCUACAUCUUCAACAACUUUAAUGGGGCAAGAUCUUUUAGUGAUGUGGUGAGUGAAGCCAAGAAGGCUGGAUAUACAGAACCUGACCCAAGGGAUGAUCUAUCAGGAAGUGAUGUUGCCAGAAAGGUUAUAAUCUUAGCUAGAGAAUCAGAUUUAAAACUUGAGCUUUCUGAUAUUCCUGUUCAGAACCUUGUACCGGAACAAUUAAGGGAUUGCUCCUCUGCUGAAGAAUUCUUGCAAAAACUGCCGACUUUUGAUGAUGGCUUUGCAAAGGAACGAAAUGAUGCGGAGACUGAAGGAGAGGU